AUGGCGGCCAGGUCCUCUUCAAUCGUCCGCCGAGCGCUGCUUUAUGUGCCCUCGUCUUCGGAAAAGAUGCUCAUUAAGUCGCUGGGUCUCAAGUCCGACAACGUGACAUAUGAUCUCGAGGACUCAGUGACGCCGUUGUUGAAGUCACAAGCUCGAGGCCAACUUCGGUCUUUUCUCGAGAAGAACAAUUCGCGACCGCCAUCCAUCACCGAACUGGCUGUACGAAUUAACGCAGUAGAGACCAAAUUUGCUCUAGACGACCUGACCGCUCUUGGAUCAUUACCCAAUGUCGAUGCUAUCGUCGUUCCCAAAGUCAACUCUGCCGCCGACCUUACGUAUGUUACCGAUGUAUUGCGUCAUGUGGCCCCUGAUAGGCAUGAAUCCACGUCCCGGAAUCCCAUCAAGCUUAUCGCCUUGGUUGAAUCUGCUCGAUCAAUCAUGAAUCUUUCCGAAAUUUGCAAGGCAUCACCGUAUCUUAGCGGCCUGAUAUUUGCUGCUGAGGAUUUUGCCCUGGAUCUGUCUCUGACGAGGACGCCUUCCCUUACCGAAUUCUUAUAUGCGCGAUCCGCUAUUGUUACCGCUGCCAAGGCCGCUGGUCUACCCAGCGCGAUUGACCUUGUCUGCACCUCUUUUAGGGGAGAUGAAGGUUUGAAGAGGUUAGAGGAAGAGUCUCUAGGGGGGAAGUCGAUGGGUUUCAACGGCAAACAAUGCAUCCAUCCCAACCAGGUGGCUCUUGUGCAGAAGCUAUUUGCCCCUGGUGAAAAGGAAGUGGAAUGGGCAGUACGUGUUGCCAUCGCAGAUGAAAAGGCAAGCAAAGCCGGCCGUGGGGCCUGGGCUCUCAACGGCAUGAUGAUCGAUGCCCCGGUAAUAGGAAAGGCGAAUGCCAUCAUUGCCAAAGCGGAAAGAUGUGAUAUCGACGUGUCAAGUCUUCGGGAGAAGUGGAAGGGCCAAGAGCCCGAGUAA